GCAUCAUGUGAUUUGAAAGUGUUGUUCCCGUGGUUUAUUUCGUUCUUCUUCGUUCCUCAGAUUGCUCACAUGACCAGUUUGUUUGAUCCCAUGACCAGUUCAAGUUCUCCAGCGCUUGAUAUGCUCGAAGGAGCUCUGGAGUCUGAUAAAACAAGUGAUUUGCGAGAACGGAAAGCAAGCAGUUCAACUCAUGCAAGCCCUGAGCCAGAGAGCGUCACUGUGACUGUUUCGACAGUUCGAGAUGACCCUUCAGUCGCUGGAUCAAGUUGUCUUGGUUCACAAUCGAACCACACACAAAGUUUCGCUGAUCCAAACGCUAUCCAGUUUCAGUAUCGAACUGACAACAACCUAGACAACAACCAUGUUCAUACUUCCCCAACUUAUGACGGUGGCCCCCAUAUACGUGUUGUACAAGUUCAUGGCGAUGAAAGCGACCCUACGGUUGAUCGAGUUGAUGUAGCCGGAUCGGCAAACAACUUUGUUUCGUCGUCUCAUGUUGCUCAACAGACCGUCAUACAAAGUCCAUUCCCCGAGUCUCCACCAACUCAAGUAGACAAUGAAUCAGCACGUUUUACGUAUUAUUCAUCUGGAGGUAGUGAACAAGGAAAUGCUGCCCAAGGAGAAAACAUUGAUUCUAACACAGCUUAUAUUGUACGAACAGUACCAGUCAGUGGUCUCAGUCAGCCUUCAUCCCCUAUACCUGCAGGAAAUGUAAUCCCAGUGACCCAGGGAGCUCAAGGGCAAUUUUAUGUUAUGAUGCCACAAGAUGUUCUGCAAAGUGGAAAUCAACGUAACAUAGCUCCAAGAUCACAUCCCACUAGCCAGAAAAUUGAAGGCCAGAGAACACCACGUGAUGAAAAGAGGAGGGCAACUCAUAAUGAAGUUGAAAGACGAAGACGUGACAAAAUAAAUAAUUGGAUAGAUAAAUUGGCCAAAAUGUUACCAGACGGUGAACAGGAUCACACAAAGCAGGGGCAGAGUAAAGGUGGUGUCCUUGGCAAAACUGUUGAUUAUAUUCAUGAUUUGAGGGCAGCAAGUGCAAGAAUGGCAGAUGUAAUGAAAGAAAAUGAACGUUUAAUAAUUGAUCUUGAAUUAUUAAGACAGCAAUAUGAUGAAGCAACAAAAGAGAAUACUAUUUUACGAACUCAAUUACAACAACAUGGUCUUGAACCCAUGUCAACAGCCACGCCCCAAGCACAUUGAGGUCUACCAACACAACAUUCGUAUAGAGUGAUCCCAUUGCUCUGAUUGAAAUGAUUACUACAGUAGAAGUAAUGCAGUGUUAAUGAUGUCUGCACAGAUUGCACUAAUUGGGUGAAGAAUAUAUCCUGAUCAACAUGUAAAUUUGUGAAACACCUUGCAGAUCUCAUGGCAAUGUUUCGGUUAUGAUUUCUUAUCUUAAUGUAAUCCUAGGUAGCCUGGAAGUAUAUGUGUCCAAUUUCAAAUUACAAUCUUUUGCAAGCUUAAAUUCAAUUUAAAGUUUACUACAAUAAUUAUAUACUGUAUGCAUGCGUCACGGCCAGCGUUAUGAAAUUGGAUACAAAAUACUUCCAUGUUGUCAAUUUAUAUCAAUACCCAGUUACGUUUUGUUAAUACAUCCUAGUUUAUAUGAUUGUAAGUAUAAGGCCUGUAACUAACACCAGAAUAAUCCAUUGUCAGUUUAUUAUUAAGCUCAAUUCACCAUAUGACUAUACGUUCCAAGAGUCAGGAAUCCGUUGUAUCAUUCAUUCCAUACAAACCAGGAAUCCGUUGUAUCAUUCAUUCCAUAUAAAACAUUUAUACACUACAAAUAGACCAUAGGCAGUACCAACGAGGAUCUCGCCAAAUUUAGACAGGUGGGAACCAGUAAGCAAUGAAAAGUUCAUUCCAUUUAUCACGAGCUAUUCAGUAGGGUUGCAAAUGUUUUGUACGAUGCAUAUGGUCUCCAUUGUUUUAUCUUGGCGAGCAUUUUCCGUUAUUAAUAAUAAACUUGUGUAUACCUAAUUUUAUACGUACGUGUACUGUAUCAGUGUAUCUAUUGAACUUGUAUAUCAAUCAUAAUAACCGAUAUUCCCUGCAGUUUAUACAAUAAUCCAAUAAUAUCAGGCCUGCGCAAGUUACAAAGCUAUACAGUAGCUUGUACUAAAAACAUAUACGGUAAAUGAAAUGCAAACUUGUAAACACAAAAAAGUCGUAUAAGUCGAUCUAUCAAAUAUGU